GGUUGAAACGGGCCAAGAACGAGGUCAUGAAGAGAAGAGAGUCGUCGAACAAAUACUGACGAAACAGUUAUUCAAGCUCAAGCCCCGUCGUGAACGGAGCCAGCCUAAUCAGCUCUGCCACCUUCCGGCAACAACCUUUUGCAUAGAUGCUUUGUCUUCCCCCGCCCUCAUUCCCUUCUCUCUUACUCGCACCCGCGCUGUUUGUAUGUGACUUGAUUCAGGUUCAACAAGUCAAGAGCGUGCGUCAUAUGUUCUCACUUUUGCUUUGCCCCCCGGAAAUUUCGGCACCUUUGAUGAUAAGAAGAUUCCCCGACGUGUUUGUUUGUUUUUCUGGUAUCAUAACCCUUUUGUGUGGUCUCAUGUGGCGUUUUCGUUGUUUUCGUGCUUCUCUGGCUUUUCUCUUGUUUUUUUUCUUGGCCAUAGGAUGGAUGGAUGGAUGAAUGGAUGCACGGAUGAUUUUGUUUGAAUAGCCUGAUUGAUUUCGACUCAGUACAUGGAACUACACCCUUUUACAUUCUUAGACUGUACCCGAGCUGUUGGUGCGUUUUAGGAUGCGAAUCCCCCAGCCGAAUGACUGC